UGAGACUCUGCCAUAUGGAGCUGAGGGAGCAGCAAAGAAGAGGAAUAGACGGACAUGCGACAAGAGAGAGGAGAGGCUCUGAGUGACAGCAGGUGACAGGCUGACAGCUCACACUCUUGUGCCACGGAGAAGUUCCAUGAUAGCAGCAGAAAGUCAUCUUAUCAGCUACUGGAGAACACCCUGGGCAAGGAAGACAUACAAUACCCUCUUUUAUGAUUUUAAAUAUUGAUCAGGGUUCGCAAUACCUGUACAUCGUUACAGAAUGUCCUAUAGUAAUGGAGAAACUGUUGGGCACCCAAUGUACAACCUCUGUGGACAAGUUCAAAGCUCCAGUUGCCAGCUAAGUAGUCUGGAUGAAAAUAGGAAGUCUGCAACCUUGCUGGAAGUCAGAGGGAACUUAAACAAUAUGCACUACUCUUCAGUUGCUCUGGAUCCAGACACCACAGUGAAUAAUGGAUCUGGAAUUCCCUGCAACCCCAAGGAAAGCACAAAGGCGUCAGCUUUGGCAGGAAGUGAAAUCCGUAGGGCCUGCACAACAAAGUGUUUCUAUGGCCGUUAUUUAGCUAAAACUAGUAUGCAGGGAGACGUCUACAACUUCCUGGAGAGGCCUAGUGGAUGGAAGUGUUUUAUCUAUCAUUUUACUGUAUUUCUCUUGGUGCUGAUUUGUUUAAUAUUCAGUGUACUGUCUACUAUAGAGCAUUAUUCUGAAUUUGCCACAGGAACCCUUUUCUGGAUGGAAAUAGUCCUGGUCAUGUUUUUUGGUGCUGAAUAUUUGGUCCGAUUGUGGUCCGCAGGCUGCAGAAGUAAAUAUGUUGGCUUCCAGGGAAGGAUACGUUUUGCCAGAAAGCCGAUAUCAAUUAUUGAUUUAAUUGUGGUAAUAGCCUCAAUUAUUGUUCUGAGUGUAGGAUCUAAUGGGCAGGUGUUUGCUACCUCUGCGAUCAGGGGGAUCCGGUUUCUCCAGAUACUUCGCAUGCUUCAUGUAGAUCGGCAGGGUGGCACCUGGCGACUGCUAGGAUCGGUUGUCUUCAUACAUCGUCAGGAACUCAUAACUACACUGUAUAUUGGAUUCUUGGGAUUAAUCUUUUCAUCCUAUUUUGUUUAUCUUGCUGAGAAAGAUGCAGUAGAUGAGGAUGGAAGGACAGGUUUCUCCAGCUAUGCUGAUGCUCUUUGGUGGGGUGUGGUAACAGUUACGACAAUUGGUUAUGGAGAUAAAGUGCCGCAGACGUGGAUUGGGAAGACAAUAGCUUCCUGUUUUUCAGUGUUUGCAAUAUCUUUCUUCGCUCUGCCAGCAGGUAUUCUGGGUUCUGGUUUUGCCCUAAAAGUACAACAGAAGCAACGCCAGAAGCACUUCAACAGACAAAUUCCAGCUGCAGCUUCCCUAAUUCAGACCCUGUGGCGGUGCUACGCAGCCGAGAAAUCAUGCAGUUCUACAGCAACGUGGAAGAUCUAUGUUACGCCACCUGCUCAAAAUCCCCAAAAAACACCAGCGCCAUCUAGCCCUAGUCUGAGAAAACAGACUAGAAGAUGCAAAAGAAAAGGGAAACCAGGCUGUGGUAAUGGUUCUGCACCUGUAAUAAAUCCUGGAGAGACCACUCUGUCUAUUCCACAGAUCACUUACGAUCACGUUGAUGAACAAGAAGACAAAAAGGAUGCGUCUUUCUACGUAGAUGAACCAGGAGGUCUUACAAGGAUGUUCAGGCAGUCAGUAAAAAGACGUGUGGAAGGGAACCCCCAUGAAAUGUCACGGGCCAACAGUUUCAUCGAUGACAUCGACCUUGUAUCAGAAGAGUCACCGCUGCCAGCUGUAUCUGAUGUGGCACAAUUAACCGAAGCGCAUCAAACAGCUGUAAAAGUCAUCAGGAGAAUGCAAUAUUUUGUAGCUAAAAGAAAAUUUCAGCAAGCUCGGAAACCAUAUGAUGUUCGCGAUGUGAUUGAACAGUACUCACAAGGACACCUCAAUAUGAUGGUUCGGAUAAAAGAACUUCAAAGAAGAUUGGACCAUUCUUUGGGAAAGCCAGGCCUUUUCCUCCCAGAAAAAGGGGUAGACAAAGGAUACUAUACUGUAGGAGCCAGACUGAUCCGACUAGAGGAUAAGGUCAUGCAGAUGGACCAGAAGCUAGAUGACAUCCUGAAUACGCUCCAGGCUCAGCUUGGGGAUCAGCCAGGGGCACAUAUGUCAGGGCCAGCCACCCCACCUGUCAGACCACCACAAACAGCCUCGGAUUCCCCCCCAGUCAACCGGAAAAUUUAAAAGUAAGAGGACAACCACAUGCCACCGUCUCAUCUCUUUUAGGUCUGGUUGUUUUUAAGUCUUGCUGUCUUGGGAUUCAAAUGUGUUGUUGGUGAAAUGAACUCUUCUGCUAUAGUAGCUUAAAUAAAAAUGAAAAGAAGCAGCAAAAAGUCAGUCACGCCCCUAGGAGAGUACAUCAGUUUUGCACCUGUUUUAUUAGCCAUCAUUAGCUAACCUGUGCCAGCCUGUGGAAGUUCGAUGCAGCCACCCCAUUUAGGCUGACUGCACAUGCACAGAGCACUUUGUUAAGGUAAGCAUCCGAGCAAGGGUUAGGAUGACCCCUUCGUGGGCGGAAGGGGAAAAGAACUGCUUUUUUGGCAUUUAAUCACUAAGUUUAAUGCUCACAGCAUGCCCAAAAGGGGGGAAAGAGCCAGCAUUUGAACAUGAAACAAAUGGAAAUCAGUGAACAGGAAAAUUAAACAGCAUGUUUUGACUUCUACCAAGCAGUGAGGAUCAUAAGAAGGGCAGAUUUAUAUGCUAGCAUGAAUGACAAAGUAAAGACAACAGGCUACUGAUUAAAAAUAUAGCAGUGUACACAGGCUGGUUGACAUAUGAAAGACUAAAGCAAAGGCUUCAGCUAAUUAAAGAAAAGGGUUGCAAAUGAGACAAGAUGCAUGUUGGAACAGACAGACAAGGGAGAUAGUAUCUGCGUAGGCUUACUGCACAAGAACACUGUAAUAGCUAUCAGCUACACUGAUGACUGUUAUGCAAAAUGUUCUCAAGCUUUUACCUUCAUUCAGCAGUGGUUAUUGACUCCAGUUGCCUUAAUUUGAACAUAAGAAACCUGUAUGGUAAUUGGCUGCGAAAGUAUUUGCAAAGCUCAGUUCGAGUCACUGAGUAACACAGUGCUCCAGGAGGGCUGCAGCUGUGGUUGAGAGUGGCAGGGUUUCUUAAAGAAAACAAAAAUGCACAAACUGUUGAUGAAAGCUAAUCGCUAUUUAAAUAAACUGCUAUAUAUAAUUUAAAAUGCUAGAUUUUUUUUCCUGGUAAUUUGGUUGUUAAUGGAGUGCAUAUGCUGACUGAUAGGCUGUCACUGUGAAAUAGAUCUUAACCUGGCAUUCCAGAAAAGGGACGGUGCAACACUGUUGCUAAACAUGUAAAUAAUAAACUAAAGUAAAAAGGAUGCAGUGUUAUUUACUUAAGUCUUUUUAAUAUAUUUGCAUAACCAAGCCUUUGAAUGAACAGGAAUCUGCAAAGCAAAGACCUAAUUCCUGGGAAAUC